UGAAAAGCAGCAAGUGCUGUAUUUACAUCACAGCCGGGGUUCUCUCUAUGAUGACAUGAUGCUAUGCACUCCUCUACAGUAGGCGGCGGCACGCCGCGUGCACGAUGGUUUGCACCUCGCCGGUUAGACUUAACACAGAAGAAGACGAAGAAGAGGAAGACGACGACGAAGAAGAAGAAAAUUCGAGACGGGAGACACGCACGACUGAACUCGAACAGAACCUUUUCGCUAUUCUUGAUUUUUGGCACGACAAUCAGUGCUUGUCAAUUGUGUGCUGUUGUUUGUGCUUCAGCAUGGCAGUCGUCAUCCGUUUACAGGGAUUGAGAAUCACAGCAGGCUCUGAGGAUAUUCGCAAGUUCUUCACUGGCCUCAAAAUUCCGGAUGGAGGGGUGCAUAUAAUUGGUGGGGAGCGAGAGGAGGCUUUCAUUAUAUUUGCUUCAGAUGAAGAUGCAAGAAGAGCCAUGAUUCGCUCCGGUGGAUAUAUCCGUGGUUCGCCUGUUACAUUGCUGCUAAGUAGUAAAACGGAGAUGCAGAGCAUUCUUGAAAGAAGUACAAAAAGUGCAGAGCUAGAUCAGAAGAGGAGACUUGAGGAGAGUGCAAGACGUGAUAGAAGAUCUGUCGACCCUGAUAUGGGCAGGAGGUCGGGUAGCAGAUCUGGUCAUACCCCUCCCCCCCAGCACCAGAGGAAUUCAAACGCUGAUGAUUUCCUGCAUGUGUUUCUAAGAGGAAUGCCUUUCGCUGUGACAGAAGCAGAGGUCCGUGACUUUUUCAGUGGUUUACUUGUUGAGAAAAUAGUCUUAUUGAAAAAUGGAAAUGGUUUAAAGAAUGGGAAAGGUCUUGUCAAAUUUGCAACAAGAGAGGAUGCAUAUGAAGCCCUGAAGAGGGACAGGAGAUACAUUGGGUCCAGGUAUGUGGAGGUCUCCCCAACAACAGAGGAUGAAUGGCGCCAGGUUUCUGCUAAAGUGUCAAUGGAUGUGAAAACGGGCAACAACUUUCAAAGAGAACGAUCACCUAUUCGCAAUCAGAGGAAUCCACAACAUCAUGCAAGGUCAAGGUCACCUUUUGCCCAGAGGCCCAUUGCUCCUACUGAUGACGAGUACUGCGUCCUGUUAGAAAAUAUGUCCUAUGCCGCAGAAAAAGAACACAUCAAAGACCUUUUCCGUAGUGCAAAGCUCGAGGAUGACCAGAUCUUACACCUAAUGGACAGUGAUGGGAAAAGAACCAGAGCCACCUUUGUGCUCUUCAAGAGUCUGCGUGACUACUGUGAUGCCUUAUCUCAUGAAAAAAGGUUGUUUCUCAACAGAUGGGUUUCUACACGCCCAAUCUCAAGAGAGAAAAUGAUCUCUCUUCUGGAAUCUCAGAACAUUGGUGACGGACGUCCUGGGGACUCCGAGAGGUUUCAGGAGGGGCCUCCAUCCUAUCCAAAUGAUGGUUAUGACUCUGAGAAAUUGUGUGUGUUUGUGCGAAACCUGCCAUUUGAUGUGCGGAAAGUUGAAAUCAUGGACUUCUUCAUUGGGUUUAAUGUCACAGAAGACAAGGUGUUCAUGCUGCGUGACCAGAAAGGAGCUGGGGUCGGAAAGGCUUUGAUUCUCUUCCAGUCCGAGGCAGAGGCCAUGGCUGCACUCUCUCUCAAUGGACGGAGGUUUCUUGGGUCGGAAGUCAUACUGAAAUGCAUUUCACGUUCACAGAUGCAGCAGUUGGGUGUUGAGCCACCAGUGGUUCAAGGGUCAGUUGUGCAGCAGCCACGGCCAAGAGAAGAGCCGUUCUUGGGAAGGAGCAGCAAGGCACUUUAUCAGCCUGGUGACUCUGAUUACCCUAACUUUAGGGUUCCUCCUGAUGGUAACUUACCCAUGACUAAUGUACAGAGUCAUAAACAAGGAGGCUGGGAUUAUGAGCCCUAUGCAGGAGGCCCUUACACUCCACAAGACAGGGGUAAUGGCGUCCGUGAUGACUUUGGUCCCUCUGAGCAGCAUUUUGAUGGUCCCACCCGUGUGCAGCUAGCUAACUUGCCUUUUCAAAUCAGAAAUGAAGAAAUCUAUGACUUCUGCUAUGGAUAUCGCAUUAUCCCUGGAUCUGUUUCACUGCAGUAUGACCCCAGUGGAAAACCUAAAGGAUCUGCAACUGCAUUGUUUCAGUCCCGUCAGGAGGCGUUAACCGCAAUUCAGGAACUGAGUGGAAGACCGAUAGGUCCAAGAAAAAUACAGCUACUGCUUGUGUGAUGGUGACGUUGCUUUACAUGGCACUUAACAUGCCCGUGCAGUGUGGUUUAGACAUACACAAAAUGUUGAUUGACACACAGUUGAUGACAGCAUGAUUCUGGCAUGGCUUUAUGUGAUUGUGAACACUAUGAAUUUAGGUAUAUAGUUUGUUUUUUUCUACUGAGUAAAAAAAAAAAGAAGUGAUUAGACAUCAUAGUUUGAAAAAAGUUUGUAUGCAAUGUUCAUCUUUAAUUGAAGUACUGAGGUUUUGGUUUUCC